ACUACACGAAGAAGACAAUGACACUGCGCACGCGCUUUAUGAGCAAUAAUAAUGUGGAGCGCCGUCAACUUUAAUUCCGACGACCGCACGUAUUGCUUCCCGAUUUACUAUCUACCAAGUAAACAGUAACAAUCAUGGAUUGCAGUAUUGAUGGUGCUGAAGACGUAGCAAGCGAGACAUGCUCACUACAGAGAGGAGAUCACCCUCCAGAAAUGGAACGUAACCCCUCACCUCCCCCGGACACAGCUGAUGGUGAUGAGGCUGAACACACGGAUGCCAUUGGAGACACUGUGUACAGCAAGCACUGGCUUUUCAGCACACUGUCUCGCCUCAUCCAGAUGGUCACAAAACCUCCAGAGGACUCAGAAGGUCAGAUGCAACUCACUGAAGAUGAGGAAGAAGAUCUCUGCCGAGUUUGGGAUAUGGCAAUGGAUAAGGACGUGGCUGGUUUCUUGCAGGAGUUUAAAGCUCCAGACAUCCUUCUUGGAGUGAUAGCCAAAUCUGGUAAUCCACGUCUCACAGAAAUUUGUGUAGGGAUACUUGGGAACAUUGCUUGCUUCCCAGACACUUGUCUGACUCUUAGUCAAAAUGAAGACUUGGGGGCGGUGCUGUUGCUUCUGUUCGGGCAUACAGAUCCGCCAACCCUUCUUGAGACAAGCAGGUUGAUUCUGACCUGCAUCUCCCAAAAGCAUGUCAGUUCCCUUUGGCUCCAGCGAAUACGACAGCAGACGUCUGUGAGCUCCAACCUUCUUUUCAUCAUGUCCAGUUCAACCAACACCGACCUGCUUGAGAAGGUCGGCGAGCUCGUUGACAAGCUGUUUGACCUUGACGAGGAGCUGAUGAAAAGUUGGAUUACAGCUCGGCCUAGUGAGGAGGGUGAUGAUGGUGACGGCUGUCUGGAUUUAGCCCCGUGCCUUCUUGAGGCUGCCAAGCAGCUAAGAUCAGAGAGUCCAAAUGGUUUGGAGGUUUACCUACAUGUCAUGCAGCUCUUAACCACAAUAAAUGAGGGCCUACAAAUGUUUGCUUCCAGUGAAGGACCAGGAAAAGCAGUGUGGAAUUUUUUGUGCGAGGUUGUCUGUGAAGACCUCUGCCAGCCAAAUGAUCUUGGAGUUGUUCUGCAGGAGCACAAAGGUACUUUGGUGCAGGCCUUUUCUAUCUUACAAGCACUCUAUGGACUCCAGGAGCAGUGGCGCAGCAAAGAUGACACAAGUCUAUCUCUUACUGGAACCAUUUUGCGGGUGAUCCAGUACCAGAGUGAACACAAAGAAGGGUCUUCCAGUACGGAAGAUGCACAAGAUGAGCAGUUCCUGACUUUAUCAGAAAUCACUAGUGAAUUUCUGUCAGACCUAUGUUUUCAGAUUUCCAAGGACACAGUAGCGGCCUUAGUAAAGAGAAGUUACCUGACAGAGAAGACUUGUCUAACAGCUUUUGGCAGUUUACUCCCAAACUACCUGACAUCAUUUCAGCACCUGCUGCUCAUGUUGUCCGAAACGGAGCCUGAAUUGGCUGACAAGGUGAGGAAGCGGUUUCCUGUCUGAUGGCCGCCGCAGGUCAGUGUUCAGCCAUCGCUUGGACGGUUACGCCUCUCCAGACCUGCCUCAGUCCGAAUAUUUGGCUUUCCACUGUAGAGCCCCAUUUAUUCAACCAAGACGGUCCACCCUUAUUGAAAAACAGACUAUAUAGUAUUUCCCUCUAGUUUUCAUUGUUCUGUGAAGGUUAUUUUUGUAUUUUGCGAUUAUUUUUCUGAUUAAAGAUGCUCUCUUUUCUGUAAAGUUGUGCUUCAUACGUUAAUUUUCAUGGCGAUGAUUGACCUUGAAUUAGAUCAGACUAAAAGUCUCAGAGAAAAAGUCAGUUCUAUAUUGUUGUCUAUGUUAAAUAAAAUAUUAGUUAAAAAUAGAAAUGAAAAAUACACUAGUUAAGAUGCUCACCCUUCACUCCAUUAGGUACACCUGCUCAAUUGAAUGAAAUAGAGCUGUACCAAAGAUUGUGUCUUUUCAAAAAUAAUGCUCAGUUUUUGUUGACACUGUAGAACUAUUGUAUGUAUAAUGUGUACAUAUGUUUAUUGUUGUGGUUGUAGUUUUCAUAAUGUGUUUUUCUAAAAUUAUUGAGCGACCUGAGAGGGGCAAUUACUUAGACGCGUCUUUCCGUAUGAUGCAAUGCAGUUUCUAAAAUAUAUUGAAUGAUUCCCUCUACCUCUACAGUUGUUUUCUCCCUGUGUUUACCUAAAAUACUCACUGGUGGUUGUAAUUUCCACAUGCAGGUGAGCGUGCCAGUCGUGUCUGUAAAACCAUGAAAGGAAAUAUGUGAGGACACAUGGGGAGCAACUAUGCACUACAUCCUUUUGAACCCCACUCUUUCUGUAUUUGUAUGAGAUAAAACUCACUGAACUCGUA